AUCCGAAUCCACGCUCUCUUCGUUUCUACCCCCCCCCCCCCCCCUCCUCUCUCUCUCAUCCGCUUCCCUUCGUUUCAAUCUCGGAAGAAUCCGCCUCGCGUCGUGUCCAAUCGCACCUCUCGCGCUGGAGUAUAUGUGGAUUAUGCAUUCCAGAAAUCGAAGACAAUGCAUUUACUGACCUAAGCAAAAACGUGUUGAGAGAGUCUGCUUUAUCUGUCUAACAAAAAUACAAGCCAGCCUUAGAUAUGGGAAUAUAUCUUAGCACCCCAAAAACUGAGAAGUUUUCUGAAGAUGGUGAGAAUGGCAGGCUAAGAUUUGGUCUUUCAUCAAUGCAAGGAUGGCGUGCAAGUAUGGAAGAUGCACAUGCUGCAUUGCCAGAUCUUGAUGAUUCCACAUCAUUUUUUGGAGUUUAUGAUGGACAUGGAGGAAAAGUUGUUGCUAAAUUCUGUGCGAAAUACCUCCACACACAAGUAGUCAAGAAUGAAGCCUAUGCAGCUGGAGAUGUAGGUACUUCUGUUCAGAAAGCUUUCUUCAGAAUGGAUGAAAUGAUGAGGGGACAGAGAGGGUGGAGAGAACUUGCUAUAUUGGGGGACAAGAUAAACAAGUUCACUGGAAUGAUAGAAGGCUUUAUUUGGUCUCCAAGAGGUGGUGAUUCAAAUGAUCAACAAGAUGACUGGGCUUUUGAGGAGGGUCCGCACUCUGAUUUCUCUGGACCAACAUCUGGAAGCACUGCUUGCGUGGCAGUCAUAAGAAAUAACCAACUUGUAAUAGGAAAUGCUGGUGAUUCACGUUGUGUAAUCUCAAGGAAGGGUCAGGCAUAUAAUUUGUCAAGGGAUCACAAGCCAGAACUCGAGGCUGAGAGAGAAAGGAUAAUAAAAGCAGGGGGAUUUAUCCAUGCAGGACGAGUCAAUGGAAGUUUGAACCUUGCAAGAGCAAUUGGAGAUAUGGAAUUUAAGCAGAACAAGUUUUUGCCUGCUGAAAAGCAAAUUGUGACUGCCAACCCUGACAUAAACAUUGUGGAGCUUUGUGAUGAUGACGACUUUAUCGUUCUAGCAUGCGAUGGCAUUUGGGAUUGCAUGUCAAGCCAGCAACUGGUGGAUUUCAUCCAUGAACAUAUUAACACGGAAAGCUGUCUCUCUGCAGUGUGCGAGAAAGUACUUGACAGGUGUUUGGCACCAUCAACGGCUGGUGGAGAAGGAUGCGAUAACAUGACCAUGAUUCUGGUGCAGUUUAAAAAGCCAAACAACUCCAAUGGUGCCAGCUCUGAGCAAUCAACACAGAGUGGUGUCAGCUCUGGGCAAUCGGCACUCCCUGAGCCCGAGACAGGUCAACUAAGUUGCCAACCCAAAUUCUAAAUUUUCUUGCUGGGCCUAAUUUACCACUGUCAGAUUAUCAGCUUCUAGUUCCGUAUCAGGUGGACAUUUAUGUGGGUUAGGCAUCGGUAGAAAUAGAAUGCAAGUAUUCAUCAUGAUUUAGUAAAACGGUCUUGAAGGGACACCCCUUGAGCAGAAUAGAAGUGCUUGAGCACGGGGUGAUUAUGAUAAAAAUGUACAUAUAUGUAAUCAUUGACCUACUUCUUGGAUGCCUUAUAAGGUUUGUUCUUUUUGUUAAGUGUGUCUUUCAGAACAGAUUGGCUAAACCUGUCAUCUACUCUACAAUGACAAAAGUUAUCGCUGUAUGAAAUUCCAUGAUGCAUCCAUUUCUGUUGUCA